CUCAAAAUAAGACGAAGAUCAAAAAUAACAAAAUUGCGUUGGGAACUUCGUUUGUGAAAAAUCGAGUUUGAAAAUUCAUGAAGUGUACGUGAAUACGAACAACCAUUUCAUAAAACGACAAGAGGUGGUACCCAAUUUCUACUACGCUUUGUAGUACCUAAAGCAGUAGACUGUAUUCGAUGUUUGUAGCGUAUUAAAAUGUUUUAGGAAUAUUUCAAUAAAUUGUAAAGGCGUAUCCGCACUGUUCUAUUACUAUGAUGUGUUAUUAUGUCAUAGUUAGACGACUUGAAUGUAAAUCUACGUUGAGUUAUAUAGUUCAUGUUACAGCGGUUCUUCAUACCUCGAUUUCACAACCUCUUUCACUCUUUUCGAACGAGAUUUACCACGUGUGAGUGUCGUUCCUAUUUCUUUUAUUCGAUUGUGUCUCAUUUUGGUAUUAACGUUAUCAUCACAAUGCCACCUAAAUUCGACCCUAAUGAAAUCAAGAUAGUCUAUCUAAGAUGCGUUGGAGGUGAAGUAGGCGCAACUUCAUCUCUGGCUCCAAAAAUUGGUCCACUCGGUUUAUCUCCCAAGAAAGUUGGCGAUGAUAUCGCCAAAGCUACCAGUGACUGGAAGGGUUUAAAAAUCACCGUCCAGUUAACAAUUCAAAAUAGGCAAGCUACGAUCGCAGUGGUUCCAUCAGCCGCAGCCUUAAUUAUUAAGGCUUUAAAGGAGCCACCUAGGGACCGAAAGAAAAUAAAAAAUAUAAAGCACAAUGGAAAUCUGUCGUUUGACGACAUUGUUUCCAUUGCUCGGUCAAUGAGACCGAGGUCCAUGGCGAAGUACCUUAGUGGUACUGUAAAAGAAAUUCUAGGUACAUGCCAAUCAGUUGGAUGUACCGUUGAAUUUAGGCCACCACGAGAGCUUAUCGAAGAAAUUAAUGGUGGAAAGCUCCAAGUCCCAGAUGAAUAAUAUGGUAAGUUUAGAGCUCCUUGCCAAUAUUUUCAGCACAAUGUCUCAUUUCAUCAAAUAUUAGAGUUUAUUACACAACUAAAAUGAUGGAUAACUAAAUAAAUAAAUGAUAUUUAUAUUGUUACGUAAAGUAUUUGCUUCGAGCUCUGGGUAGGGGUUAGCAUCCCAUCCACCUGAUAGCCGUAACAAUUUAUAACGUUGUUACAGACUAUCGGGAAUAUUGCUACUGAGGAGAAAACCUCAAUAAAAAGUCAUCAUUUAAUAUAUCAUACAUAUGUAGUAUUUUAAUUAUAAAAGUUUUACGUUCCCAUUGUUUCAGAUUUAUCAUAAGGAGUAAAAAAUAAAACAUUUUUAAUAUGAAGGUGCUGUAUUUUUAUGUAUGUUCCCUUCUUUUAAUGAAAUAAAUAAAUUAAAAAUGU